CUCUUUCAUCCAUGAUCCCGCACCCCUGGUGCAGGUAGGACCUUCUCCUUUCUCUGCAACAGGCCACAUUUUAAGUUCGAAAAUGUCAGAGUUGGCCGAAGGAGCCAUGACUAUGGAAGAAGAGCGGGAAAUGGAUGACAAAGUUGUCAGUACAGAGAAAGCAGAAGAAGCCAAGAUAAAGGUCAUGCAUCCCAAUCUUGGAGUUAGACCGGGAGGUUCAGAUUUUCUGAGAAAACGACUUCAGAAAGGGCUAAAGUAUUUUGAUUCUGGCGAUUACAACAUGGCCAAGGCCAAAAUGAAGAAUAAACACUUGCCAUCAGCCCCAACAGAGAAGGCUCAGAUCACAGGUGGUCACAUCCCGACACCUCAGGACCUGCCUCAGAGAAAGACCUCUAUUGCGACAAGCAAACUGGCUGAGAGAUGAGUAUUUUUGUAGCUUUAUUAUAGCUCGGUAUAGCUCAUUUGGUAGAGCGGCCGUGCCAGCAACUUGAUGGUUCCAGGUUCGUUUCCCGCUUUGGCCAUCCUAGUCACUGCCAUUGUGUCCUUGGGCAAGACACUUUACCCACCUGCUCCCAGUGCCACCCACACUGGUUUAAAUGGAACUUCGAUAUUGGGUUUCACUAUGUAAAGCGCUUUGAGUCACUAGAGAAAAGCGCUAUAUAUAAAUAUAAUU